CGUGGUCUCCCCGGAAGUGAGCGGCGCGGAGCUGCAGCGGAGCUGUGGGCUCAGAUCUGUUCCUCUUCUGUGUAUUGCGAUCAGUGUCCUCCCGGGAUACCCACUGUCUUCCCACCUCCCAAAGCAUGGGAUGGGCUGUGCUGCCUCCGUCACUCAGCCAGUUCCUGGGGCUGCCCAGGGCCCGCUUGCUGGCCUUGCCUUGUCUGAGGGACCCACAGUGAAGUGAGAGCUUGUGGGAGGAAGUAGGAACUAAGGGUUGUGGGCCCCGCUCGGGUCAAGGGAUUCUGCUGGCUGGGCCCCUGUUCGCAGGUUGCGGGAGGAGGGCCCGCGAGAACACCGUCCUUUCCCAGCUUGUCCAGUCUGGGCCAGAGCCUGCGCUUGUCCCCAUGCGCGCGCUCUGUCUCAGUCAUUUGCAGGCCCAGGGAUGCUGCCCUGCUGUUCCGUGAGCUGGUCGCUCAGCUCUGCAGCUGCUUCGGAACCUGUGGCUGCCUGAAGCUCGGAUGCACUGCUUCCCAAGAUGAAAUGCGUCUUGGUGGCCACCGAGGGCGCGGAAAUCCUCUUCUACUGGACGGAUGAGAAGUUCGAAGAGAGUCUCCGGCAGAAGUUUGGGCAGUCUGAGAAUGAGGCAGAAGAGCCCCCUGCCGUGGAGGACCUGCUCAGCACGCUCCUGGCUCCAGUCAUCAUCUCCUCCGUAACCAUGCUGGAGAAACUCUCAGACACAUAUACCUGCUUCUCCACAGAAAAUGGUGACUAUCUGCACGUCCUUCACUUGUUUGGAGAAUGCCUGUUCAUCGCCAUCAAUGGAGACCACACUGAGAGCGAAGCGGACCUCCGGCGUAAGCUGUGUGUGCUCAAGUACCUGUUUGAGGUGCACUUCGGGCUAGUUACUAUGGACGCCCAGCUCAUCCGAAAGGAGCUGAGGCCUCCAGACCUGGAGCAGAGGGCCCAGGUGUGGGCUCACUUCCAGAGCCUGCUGUGGACCUACAGCCGCCUUCGGGAGGAGGAGCAAAGCUUCGCUGUGGAGGCCGUGGAGCGGCUGGUCCACCCGCAGCUCUGUGAGCUGUGUAUAGAGACGCUGGAGCGGCACGUGGUCCAGGCCAUCAAUUGCAGUCCCUCGCGGGGCGCUGAAGAGGUCCUGCAUGCCUUCCUGCUUGUGCACUCCAAGCUGCUGGCCUUCUACUCCAGCCACAGUGCAAGCUCCCUACGUCCGGCCGACCUCCUUGCUCUCAUCCUCCUGGUUCAGGAGCUGCACCCCAGCAAGGGCACCAUGGAGGAGGAUGACCUUGCCCAGCCUCCCCCACACAGGAAACCCCGGAGCAGCCAGAACAUCCCCGUGCAGCAGCCCCGGAGCCCACACUCCUCAGGCCCAACCAAGGACAGUUCUUCAGGGACGGACACAGACAGCUUCUCCCUGCCUGAGGAGUACUUCACACCAGCCCCUUCCCCUGGGGAGCAGAGCUCAGGUAGCACCAUCUGGCUGGAGGCAGCGCCGUCUGACACGCCACAGGUAGCUGAGGACACCCUCCAGACGCUGGCUGCCCGUUCCCCAGUGCCGUCUUGUCCCAGAAGGAUCUUCCUGGAUGCCACUGUGAAGGACAGCUACUGCCCUUUGGUGCCGCACACCAUGUACUGCCUGCCGCUGUGGCCAGGGAUCACCAUGGUGCUCCUUACCAAGAGCUCCAGCACGCCGCUGGCCCUGGCUCUGUACCAGCUGCUGGAUGGCUUUUCUCUCCUGGAGAAGAAGCUGAAGGAGGGCCAGGGGGCUGGGAACGCCCUGCGGUCCCUGCCCCUUGUGGGAGAUCUGCGCCAGAGGAUGGACAAGUUCGUCAAGAGUCGAGGGGGGCAGGAGAUCCAGAGCACCUGGCUGGAGUUUAAGACCAAGGCCUUUUCCAGAGCGGAACUAGGAUCAGAGCUGCUCCAAGUGUGUGGGAAGCUCAAGAGGCAGCUCUGCACCAUCUACCAGCUCAGCUUCCUGAGUGCAGCACCCAGCAGGGGAGGCCCGUGCCUGCCGCAGCAGCUGCAGGACCGAGCCCAGAGGCUCAUGCGAGAAAGACUGCUGGACUGGAAGGACUUCCUGUUGGUGAAGAGCCAGAGGAACGUCACCAUGGUGUCCUACCUGGAGGACUUCCCAGGCUUGGUGCAUUUCAUCUAUGUGGAUCGCACGACAGGGCAGAUGGUGGCUCCUUCCCUCAGCCACAGUGAGAAGACUUCGUCAGAGCUGGGCAAAGGUCCCCUGGCUGCCUUCAUCAAAGCCAAGGUCUGGGCUCUGAUCCAGCUGGCACGCAGGUACCUGCAAAAGGGCUGCACCACACUGCUGUUCCGUGAUGGAGACUUCUGCUGCUCCUACUUCCUGUGGUUUGAGAAUGACAUGGGCUCCAAACUCCAGAUGAUCGAGGUGCCUGUCCUCUCUGAUGACUCGGUUCCCAUUGGUGUGCUGGGAGGCGACUACUACAGGAAGCUCCUGCGCUACUACAGCAAGAGCCACCCGACUGAGGCCGUCAGGUGCUACGAGCUGCUGGCCUUGCACUUGUCGGUCAUCCCCACCGAUCUGCUGGUGCAGCAGGCUGGCCAGCUCGCCCGGACCCUGGGUGAGGCCUCCCAUGUGCCCCUGCCCUAAGCUGGGCACAGUAGGCCUGUGAGCCCGUUCUCCAGCCCAACCCCUCGGAUAUUCCCUGUCAAGAGCGUCCUCCCAAGGAUAUGUGCAGGCCUCAGAGCAGCCCUUGCGUCCACUUGGACUACCUCAAAGUGGGCGACCAGCAAGCCCCCAGUCCUGCCCUCUGGAGGGAAAGGCAGGUCAUGGGCUUCGUCUUGAUAGCAGCCAUGGCUGUGAGAUGGUGGUGGCUUCUCAUUCAGAGCUACUUGUGUUCCCAGGAGAGGAAGUGCCCAGAGCUCAGUCUGCCUAAGGACACUCCCCUGGCCCCAGCCUCCCCUUUUGCUGCUCUGCAAGGAGGGGUGGCUCUUUUUCCUAUCCCAGAUGGAGGGCUCUCUGUUGGCUGCUUGAAUUCCAGCUCUCCUGCCUCCUCCUUCUGCUACUUCUGCAGCUCUGAACUUCCCUUAAAAUGCCAGGCCCAUUUUCCCCUUGUUCCAAAUGGUACCACCUGGUUAGGAGGAUCACCGAACACUGGUAUAUACCCAAUAAAAGUUGGUUACUGCCCUA